AUGGGCGCCAGCAACCCCCCGCCCCAGCCAAAGACCGCAGCCUCAACCCUACUAGACCGCCUCAUCCCGCUCGACUCCUUCUCUCUCGACGAAUUCAAGCGCAUAUGUGCACAAACCACGGACCCAACCCUCUACCCGCACGCGACGAGCAUCGAGAAGAACAUUCCGAUCUACAACACAAGCACGCUCUCCCUCACGGACGCAGCCCAAACAACCCAGCUACAAAACGAAUGGUACCACAUCUUGCAGACGGGACCCGGGAUCUUCGUACUGCAGCAGAUGUUCAACCCGACGGCCAACACCGACGACGCCGCCACACUGACAGCCACAACAGCAGCCUUCACGCAGAUCAUCGACCACGAAACCUCCAAGACGCAAAAGAAAGGCGACCACUUCGCAGCGUCAGGCCACAACGCGCGCAUCUGGAACAGCUUCAGCAAGCACGCAUUCACGGACGCGGCCUCGUUCGUAGCCUACUACUCCAACCCAUGGCUGCAGCUCGUCAGCGAGACGUGGCUGGGCCCAGCCUACCGCGUGACGGCGCAGGUCAACAUCGUCAAGUCCGGCGGUGCGGCGCAGGCCCCGCACCGCGACUACCACCUCGGUUUCCAGGACGAGGCCGCCUGCGCGGCCUUCCCGCGCGGCCUCCAUCACGCCAGCCAGUUCCUGACCCUGCAGGGCGCCGUCGCCCACUCCGAUAUGCCGGAGCGGAGCGGGCCCACCCGCUUCCUGCCCUUCAGUCAGCGCUUCGAGGCCGGAUACCUUGCCUGGCGGAGGCCGGAGUUCAAGGCGUUCUUUGAGGAGGAGGAAGGGGGAUAUGUCGCGCUGCCGUUGCGGAUGGGCGACGCGGUGUUCUUUAACCCCGCUGUUAUGCAUGCCGCGGGUGCGAAUCAGUUGCCGGCAGAGAGUGGGUUCGAGAGGAAGGCCAAUCUCUUGCAGAUUGGCUCCGCCCUCGGGAAGACUAUGGAGUCGGUGGAUGUCGUGCCUGUUGUGCGGGCUUGUUGGUAUGAGGUGAGGAGGAGGUUUGAUACAACGAAGGUAUUCGAUGCGCGGUGGGAGGCCUUUGUCAAGGCCCUCGCCGAGGGGUAUCCUUUCCCGACCAAUCUGGAUCGUAGGCCGCCGGCGCCGAAUGGCAUGGCGCCGGAGAGUGAGCAGGAUUUGAUCCGGAGGGGGAUGUUGGAGGGCUGGGACACGGAGGAGAUGGUUGCCCGGCUGAAAGAGCUGCAUGAGGAUGAGAGGGGCCAUCAGAGUCUUUGA